UGUCACUCCAAGAAGUUACUGCCGACCUUCGGCUUCGUCCAUGUCGAUUGUCUUUCCAACACUCUAUCGGUACUUUCUUGCCACAUUGACACCGCGCUGUCUCUUCAGUGCUAGAGUUGUACUUUUCACACGUCCCUUCAAGGACGAAGCCAUACAAGCACUGGACUGCUGCUCGUGUGGAUUAAAAAAGAGAGAUCACCCUCUAAACGCAUCACAAUCGGGAAACCGCAACGAGGCACACGACGAUCACGAACGAGACGACUGACCACACCUCCUCUCCCCAUCCUUACCCCGAUCUGCGAACCGAUCCCACCUCUUGACAGAUGAUGCUUCACUAUUAUAUAAAACAAUAAUACUGUACCCAAAUUCUUAGGAGAGGCGUUACCGGCCCCGAAAAAGAAUAUGGCACGAGACACAGAAAGGCAGGCCCCAAGGCCCGCUGGUCCGCCAUCCUGGUCCUCGAUACCGAACAAGUUCCAAAUCUUUCUGCUGUUCUCCGUCCGAUUCGUCGACUUCUUUCAACAGGCGGCCCUGCAAGCGUACAUGUUUUACCAACUCAAGUCCUUCACGCCCGAUGCACCAGACAGCGAAAUCUCCUUCGAGGCCGGCGUGCUGCAGGGUGUCUUUACCGCCGCCCAGGUCUUCACUGGCAUAUUAUGGGGAAGAGUGGCGGACUCUCCGGCCUUUGGUCGCAAAACCGUGCUUCUGUUCGGGCUGGUUGGACAAGGAAUCAGCUGCAUCGGCGUGGCCUUCUCCAGAAGUUUCGGCGCGGCGGCCGUCUGGCGGUGCUUGGGCGGUGCAGUCAACGCGACCGUGGGCGGCGCAAGAACAUCUCUCGCCGAGAGUACAGAGAAGAAGUACCACUCGAGGACAUUCUUGAUCCUGCCUUUGGCGUGGAAUGUGGCAAACAUAUUUGGCCCGCUGUUCGGCGGCCUCAUGUCGGACCCUGUGUACAAUUAUCCAGGUCUUUUUGGGCAGGAUUCGACGUUUGGUGGCGCCGACGGGGUUUCGUGGCUCAACAAGUUCCCCUAUGCGGCGCCAAACCUGUGCUGCGCAUUCGUGCUGUUCGCAGAUGCCGUGCUGAUCUAUCUCGGCCUGCGCGAGACUCUUGCAGCGAAGCGCUUCUCCCGUGACCGCGGCAUCGAACUGGCGGAGAACCUGCGUUAUCGCUUGAACAGGAUCAUCUUUCAGCGCUUCGGAUAUAGUCAGAUCGGCCAACAGGUCCAAGGCCCGGACACACUGGACGACGAGAACAUGCCGUCGAGUACGCCGCUCACGCCCCUCCCGCCCAAGGAAGUCGACAACAGCAAUCCGUCUAGUUCGAAAGAACCGCCUCGGCCGUCGGAGGCGUACAGACCAGCACCGCCCUUCUACCACGCCCUCACCCCGAACGUGCUCAUGGUUCUUUCCACCGUCGCCAUCAUGGAUUUCCAAAUGGGUGGCUUUGCUCAACUGUGGACGGUUUUUCUGUCCUCGGCUCGACGAACAGACGAGGAACUUGCGACUAUUCGACUGCCGUUCUAUUUCACCGGUGGUCUGCAAUUCUCACUCCCGACGAUCGGUCUGGCCAUGUCCAUUCUCGGCUUUGUGGGAAUAAUUCUCCAACUCACCCUGUAUCCCACGAUCAACGCGAGGUUUGGUCUUCUUCGGUCGUUCCGAUGGUCGCUCCUGGUGUUUCCGAUGGCCUAUGCCCUCGCGCCGUACCUUUCCCUGCUGAUAAACCACACCCUCUUGCUCUGGAUCGCCAUCGUGGUCGUGGUGGUGCUGCAGGUCGCGGCUCGCACUUUUGCCAUUCCAGGUUCAGUGUUGCUCAUCAACAACUCAAGUCCCGGGCCACAGCUCCUAGGCACGAUUCAUGGCAUGGGCGCCGCGACCUCGAGUGCGUUUAGGACGAUCGGUCCCAUCGCCGCGGGCCAUUGGUACGGUCGCGGGUUGGAAAAGGGUGUCGUUGGUUGGGCGUGGUGGUGGUUGGCAUUUGUUAGUUUGUUGGGAGUGAUACCAAGUUUAUGGGCCAGAGAUGGGACAUGAUCUGUAAUUUUUUUUUCCGCCGCAAUCUCUUGCUUCGUCUCACUUACCUUAGGUAUGUGUGACAUGUUAGAUGGGCAGAUGUAGGUACUAAUGAAUCUAUACUAUAAAACAUGA